GUUGUCAAAUGAUUACUGACUGGCAGUAGCAGUAAAGUCCGCUGUCCAAAAUCUUUGCAACCUACUUUUUUUAGGUUGAAUGUAUUGUGUAAGGUUAGUCUGGCGAUUAUCAAAAAUAAUUCUAAUGUAUGUAGAGGUGUGAAAUAUAAUUUGUGUAUGAACAGUAGUUGGUGUAAAUAUGUCAGGAGAUGACUCAAAUAUGUCUGUAGAUGAGUACGAUGAAGUGACUUUACAGGAUGAGCUGCGAAAUAUUCGGAGUUUUAUACAUUUAACAAGGGGUAAUAUUGAUGCUCUCAACGCUAAAUUUGCUUGUUUUCAACACCCUCCAUCAAUUUAUUUAGCAGAAUAUCAAGAGCUGACAAGUAAACUUCACGAUUACGAGGUUAGGGAACACCAGUUGAUAGAAGAAAUUACUAGUGUAAAUGCGUUUGCUCAGGAAAGUGAUACUGGUAACGCAACAUCUGUAGAAAAUGUGAGUAUUACCGGUAUUAGUAUUUGUAGAACGAUACCAUUAAGAUCUGUAAUUAGAGCUCACCUUCCGAACCAACAGCGCACAAGUGUUCAGGUGAGGGUUGGUCAGUCAGUUCGUGAUUCACUGUCCAAGGCAAUGAGCUUUCGAAACAUUACUCCUUCUAUGUGCACUGUGUACACUCUCAAUCAUGAGCAAAUAGAAUGGGAUGCAGAUAUUUCCACAAUUGACUGUGACGAAAUAAAGGUAGAAAUCAUUGAUAAGUUUCCAGUUACUACCAGUAUAUCUCACAAUUUCAUUAGAAAGACAUUUUUCUCGCUGGCGUUCUGUGAGUGUUGCAGGCGGCUUUUGUUUCAAGGUUUUUAUUGUAGGACGUGUGGUUAUCGGUUCCAUCAGAGGUGUGCAGCUGGUGUGCCGGCACUAUGUCAACAAGUUAGAAUGGAGGAAACCUACUAUCAAGCGCUACUGGCGAGGAAUGCAGAAGAAAAGGCUGGCAUACUAAUGCCAUCGGAUUAUGGUAUGAACAGAUCAUCCGAUCAACGACAUCCAAGGGCGUUCAGCCACGGAGAGAGAUCGAGCUCAGCACCGAAUGUCUGUAUAAAUGUAGUCAAUCUACCAGGAACAACUGACUCUACUGGUUUGGAGGGCUUUGUGCAUUUGGCCACUAACAUUCCAAAUCCCGCAACAGGCUCGUCGAGGCUGUCGCACAGUCAGAGUGCGCAGGCGUCGCCGACGAACGCGCUGAGGCCGUGGAGGCCUAGAGCCCGCAGUGCUGACGAAAGCGCCAACAAGAAGAUUCAUCGUGACUCGAGCAAUAGAGAGCCCUGUGAGAACUGGGAAAUAUUGGCCGAAGAAAUUCUUAUCGGCCCACGCAUUGGCUCCGGCUCGUUUGGAACUGUUUUCAAGGGACACUGGCAUGGCCCGGUUGCUGUGAAAACGCUCAACGUAAAAGACCCGACACCUGCACAGUUGCAGGCGUUCAAAAACGAGGUCGCCGUACUCAGAAAAACCAGGCACGUCAACAUUCUUCUCUUCAUGGGCUGUGUUAGCAAACCUCAACUGGCUAUUGUUACUCAGUGGUGUGAGGGCUCUAGUCUCUACAGGCAUCUGCACGUUCUAGAUUCAAAGUUCGAAUUGCACACGUUAAUUGAUAUUUCAAGGCAGACGGCACAGGGUAUGGAUUAUUUGCAUGCUAAGAACAUUAUUCACCGCGAUCUAAAGAGUAAUAAUAUAUUUUUACACCACCCGGCUGUGAAGAUCGGUGAUUUCGGUCUAGCGACUGUGAAGACAAAGUGGUCGGGAGGACAGCAGUUUCACCAGCCUUCGGGUUCCGUCAUGUGGAUGGCACCAGAAGUGGUAAGGAUGAAAGAGGAGAACCCGUACAGUUUCCAGUCGGAUGUCUAUGCUUAUGGAAUUGUGUUGUAUGAACUGUUCUCUGGUGAACUGCCGUACGGCGCUGACCUCAACAUGGAUGUCAUUUUGUACAUGGUUGGGCGAGGUUGGAAGCGUCCGGACCUGGACAAGCUGCACUCGGAGACGCCCAAGGCGCUGAGGCGGCUGACUGAGGACUGCACAAAGUUCAACCGCGAGGAGAGGCCUCUCUUCAGACAGAUCCUUGCCUCGCUUGAGAGUCUGUCGCGCGCCCUGCCCAAGAUCCAGCGAUCGACGUCCGAGCCGACGCUCAACCGCACUCAGCUGCAGUCCGAGGACUUUCUGCUCUACCCCUGUCCUUCGCCCAAGACGCCCGUCAACGCUCAGUAUGGAGCAUUUCCUUUCUGCUCGCUUGGCGGCGUCAUCUAAGCAAUCAGGUAAACUCAUCACUACACUUGAAACACAAUGCUAAUAAUGUCCAAUAGCUACAAUUUUUUUAUUCCAAUUGAAUCAUGUCAAGAAUGAAACUGCAACUAUUAGCAGUAUCUCCACACACACUGUCUCGUAUACAGGAAAAAUAUAAACUGAGUAAGAUUCGAUCAAAUCAGAUUCAUAAUAUAUUUAUUAAUGUAUAAAUUUAUUAAUUAUUAGAUUUUAUUGUAUUACAAGUAUGAAAGUGAUGACUCCUAUUUUAGGUAACUACAGUCAAUUCCAUUGCAAAAAAAUCAGUUCUAUUACUCAUGUGAUUGUCAUUACUCUGAUUUUGUUUUCUCAUUAAAAUUUGUGUGUGUAGAAUUAAUAAAUGAUCUUUUUGAGUUAAUGAUUGCAGGGGGGCGUGAGGCGGUAGAAAAAGUCCGUUUUAUCCUUGGUACAGUAUUAUAUUUAUUAGAAAACAAUUAUUCCUAUCUAUUGCCCGGAUGAGCUUGGUUAAAUUUUUCUGAUUAUUGUAGAAGAGAGUGGUGAAGAAAGUAAUUCAUUGUAGCUUGACGAGAUGGAAAAAUCGUAUGAUUGUCCCACUAAUAUAAAUUCUGUUUGGACUUUUAAUCAAAUUAAAUCUAGCGUGACAUUAUUAUCUGAAUUGUGUUUCAAGUGAAGUUCAAUGAAUCACUUAUAAACCAUGUUGUUUUAUACUGGACUUGUAUUACUGUACAACACAUGUACGAGCACGAGCAGUGUUGGUAACAUCAAUAAUCAUCACUAUUAGUAAAUUACUUCAUUCGCCUGUACAUUCCUUGAAUGCUGUUUCAAUAUUAUAUAUUUAUUUCAAGUUCUGAACGGCUAGUCCAGUACUGUAUGAGCAAGCUUUAAUUUGUUUUAUUGAAUCGAAGAGUAAGACUGUACAAAACUAUAUUUAUUGAUCUGUUACUCAAUUUGAAAACUAUUGAAAUUUUUUCUCAAGCGUAAACUUGAAAGUAAAUCAAUAAUAAUGCAAGUGCUGAUAUCAAUGUAAUAUUGAUUUUUUUCUCUAUGUAGGCUGAAAUGUAAAGCGCAAGGCAGUGUGGCCAACUUAAGACUGUGUAAAUUUUAUCGUUUUCAAAUGGAUUCUUUUAUCAUUCAAAUGAAUAAGGUUAGGCUUCCCCUUCCCUAAUACUUUUCGAUACAUCAUUUCUCAUUAGGCCUAUGCCAAAUGUUAUAUUUUUCAUUUUUUCCAGACAUUAUAAUUAAAAUAACUGGGAUAAUUUUUCGUUACUCAGUCUUUAUUUUUACAAAUAUUAGCCCAUAUUACACAUCAUUGUUGAGAAAAAACUUCAUUGUGUAAAAUUAUUAAUUUCUAAUAAUCGUCAUUAUUUUUCAAUUAAUUUAAAAACUGAGUAAAUUCCUCUGUGAGUUUUAAAUUGCUUUCACAUUUGUGUUAAUCCCAUCAUUUUCCAAAACAAAAUAUGUACAAUUUCAUUCGGAUUCUUCGAAAUUCUCUAUUUCAUCUGAAUUAUUUUUUAUGGAAUUUGUUCAAUAGAGUGAGGUCUACGUUAUAAUGGGUUUUAACAACGUAGAAAUAUAAUUAACAAAAUAUUAUCUCAAUCAUGAUAAUUUAUUAUUAAUCCAUUAAAAAAUAUAUUUUUUAAACAAUAAAAUAUAAUUUAUUAUUUUAAACAAGAACGAAAAGUUAGGCCCGGUAGCACAAAAGCCGGUAAAAUUUUAACUGUGAUUAAUUUCACGUGAACCAAUCAGAAAAGACCUUUUGAUAAGACGGCUCCUCUGAUUGGUUCUCGUGGAAUUAAUCACGGUCAAUAUUUAACCAGCUUUUGUGCAACCGGCAUUAAUAUUACACCGGUUUCAGCUAUCCUCUAUAGAAAGCAGUGGCAAGACAGAGAAUCGGCACUACUGGUUCCCUAUCUUUCUCCACUGAAAUUGUAACGUGGGCCUCUCUAUAGAAACACAAACGAAUUUUAGGCUACAAACAUGAAAAUACUGUUGUGAAUGUAACAUGAACCUCACUAUAGAAUAAAUUCAUUAUAAAGUUUCAAUCAAAUUUAUAGAUUUUUAGGAAUUUAAUUUUUUGCAUUGAAGUAGUUUUUUAAAGAAAUUUCUAUUAGGCUGAGGAAUAAAUUCUAGUCCAUAAACAGCCUUAACAAAUGCUCGAUCAGUUACAAUAAUAUAGUAUAAUCGGUUUAAACUAAAAAAAAAUAAUGAAAGGUCGCAGCAUUUACAGAUUCAGUAAAAGUCCAAAUUGUACAACAGGAGCACGAUCAGAUUUUAGUAUUAACAAUUGUUUGAAACGCUGUUGUAAUUUCUUAUAAGUUGGUAUCAAUGCAAAACAAGGUACCGGUGUGUAGAAAUCGACAGUAGAGGUCAUGAAAUGUAAGCGCAACCAAAGUUUCUAACUGAUAUUAGAAAAUUAUUGGUUUUUUCUGUUGAACAUAUUAUUAAAUUAAAAAUUGAGAGAGAAUCAGCUAACAGUAGUAAACAAACGCGUUUGACUUUUACUGUCUUCUUUUACCAUGGUAUCGAGGAAUCCAAUAAGUUGAAAUCCUGUAUGAAAAUUCAGUUCUUUUAUAGUAUUUUGAAUUAAAUAUUCAAGUAAUUAAAUAUAAUCAUCUGCUUUCAAAUUAUUUUUUGCUGUUUCAUGGGCAACACAAAGUAUUAUUUCUAUGUAAAUCUUAUGAUGUAAAAAUAAUUUGUUUUUAAUGCUUCUAGACAACCAUAUAUUUUUGAGCCGUAUAUUUAUAAACGUUUCCUGAGAACUUCUUGGAGGUUAGCACAAAACAGGAUCAAUCAAAACAAUUUUAGUCCUCUAGCUGCUAGAAUCGUUUUCAUUGGAUCCUGUUAUUCCGUUGCUGGACAACGCAAGUGUUCUUGUCUUAGAAUGUUCUUAAGAAUCCUUCAGAUAAAUAUGGCUCAAAUUUCUCUUUCUUCGUCCUACUACAUUGUUAAAUCUAAACUUUCUUAGUAAAAUAUGAUACGGUACUACAUUUAGCAGACAUGUUUGAUUGACAAUUUCAUUCGUGAUCCUCUACACUAGAAUAUAUAUGGCCUAAUCUUAUUCUGAAUGUAAACUAUGUCAAUAGUAAUUUAUACAUUAUAUUAUUAUUCAAACAUGUAACUAAAAUUUAACACAGUCCAUUUGUUAGAGAGUUGUUAUUGUAAAUAAAACAAUAUAAAUAUUACAAAUUAUA